UUACAUCCUAAUUCUCCCCCCACCCCCCUCUCUAUCUCUCUUUCUUAACAAAGCAUCUUCAAUGGCUCCAAUGAGUCUCCCUCCCGGUUUUAGGUUCCAUCCAACUGAUGAAGAACUUGUUGCUUACUAUCUCCACAACAAAAUUACCGGUCGCCCCAUCGAGCUCGAAGUUAUCCCCGAAGUUGAUCUCUACAAAUUCGAGCCUUGGGAUUUGCCAGAUAAGUCAUAUCUACCUAGCAAAGACAUGGAAUGGUAUUUUUACAGUCCAAGGGAUAAGAAGUACCCGAACGGGUCGAGAACGAACCGGGCGACACGCGGCGGGUAUUGGAAAGCCACCGGAAAAGAUAGGGCCGUACAGUCUCAAAAGAGAGCUGUUGGCAUUAAAAAAACACUGGUUUACUAUAGAGGAAGAGCUCCCCAUGGCAUUAGAACCAAUUGGGUCAUGCAUGAAUAUCGUUUGCUCAACUCUACUUUAAAGGAUUGUUAUGCAUUAUGUCGUGUGUUCAAGAAAAACAUACAAAUCCUUAAACCAAAAGAAGAAGAAGCUGUUGGAAAUAACAACAAUGUAGACAAGGAAAAACAAUUACAUGGUGAGGAAACAAGUGGAAAUGAAAUCCCUAAAGGCAGACAAGUUGAAAUUGAAGAUGAGAAUUUAAUUACCUCCUCUUCAGAUUUGACUCAAGGAACAUCUUAUGAAACUGGUAUGGCCAUGGCAGAUGAUAAUCAACCUCCAUUUACCUCUGAUGAAGCUAACAGUUCAGCUAAUAAUAUAUCAUCAUCUCUUGCCAUGGAUUUCUCCCCCAACUUAAUCCAGGCAGAAGGGUACACAAAUGUUGAAUAUCAAGUUCCAUAUCCACCAUUAGAGCUUGAAGACUUCCCACAAAUAAAUAUAUCAGAGACAAAGGCAGAAAUGAUGGAUGAAUACAUGGUGUAUGACAAGUAUAAGGACUACAUGAAUGGAUCUUUAGAAGAGAUUUUCUCUCUUUGUCCCUCUCAAGAUAUUUCCAUGCCUCUCUACAUGCACCAAGAUUAAUCCAAAAUACUAACAAUUUUCUUUCUUUCUUUUUCCUUUUCUUUUUAACCAAAGUUACGAAUUAUUUUGUCAAGCACAACAUGAUAAGGCCACAAGUAUUCUUGCGUUCCUUGUAGAAAAAAUAGUUUUUUUUUUUAAUUUAUUGAUUGUGGUUCAAAAGUUCUACUUCAAUUUUGAAAGGGAAAUGGAUAAGUUCAUUUUACAUCUUCUCAACUAAUGUAUCAUGUAUAUUUAUAUUCACAAUAUAGUAAACUUGAAUUUGAUUUUAGCCACAUUU